GACGAGACGGUUCCCUUCCCGGGCAGGUCGCAGGAACGCGGGGCCGCGGCGUACGCUCGUGCUCGCGGCCUGGUGCCUUCGCAAGGCAUCCUGGGGCCCUGGCCGACGCCCGCCUCUACGCUUCUCGUGGAGGACAGCGCGCGCCCCAAGGCGUGCGCUCGGUCCCCGGCCUCGCCGGAGCGCGGGGCGAAGGGGGGCGAGAUUCGCCGGGUGGGCGAGGCUCGACCGGCGGGCCCCCUUCUUCCGCCGCCUAUGGGCUAUGCGCAGCAGGAGGCCCAACCCUCCGACGUUCCAGAAGCGCUGUCGCUCGAGCCGCUGGCGUUGAUUCAGCGCUCGACCGACCCUGGCUACAGCUCGUGCGCGAAGGGCGAGACCAAGGUCAUCUGCGCUCUGACGGUGGAGGGGAGCUUCUACGAGCCCGACUUUCGCGUCUACACGAAGAUGCCGGAGGGCGAACUGAAGACCGGUCACGGCCUCCACCCUCCGGUUGCGAAGAGCGAUUUCCAUCUGCGGGUCGGCUCAGGCAGGGGGCAGUUUUGGGAGUUCGACGAGGAGUUGGUGCCCUUCUUUUGCGAGGAGUCGGUCUCCGUUCCGAUUCGCAAGGCCCGCGAAGCUCUGACGCCUCGCGACUUCGCCAAUGCGUUUCACAGGCUCUGGAGCGAUUGCCUGACUCCCCAUAACGCCCAGGGCCUACGCCGGGAGAAGCUGCCUGCGCUGCCCGAGCAGCCGGCGGCCGAGGCGGAGCACCCGCCGAGCCCUACGCCGGCGACGACGGAGGGGUGCGAGGAGGCGACUUCCGAGGGCGAGGACGACUGGCUCGAAGGACUGGACGUGGAGGCCUUCCAGGAUCCGCAGUACCUGAUGGCCGCGCUCACGCACAUUGCAGAGGCACCGACGGCCCGCCACCUGGGGCCCCUCGACUUCGAG